AUGUCCGAGGUUCGGUCUGCACAUGUCUACAAGAGUCGCAACUCGUGGAAAACAGUUCGCACUCUUUUGCGCAAGCUCAAAUCAAACGGCACAUCAAAGAGUCAAAGAAGAUCUUCAGACAUCGUCCUUGAUGUAGGGAAGGGCUCGGUUUCCACAUCCGAGGGGUCUGUUGCAUCGUCGGCUGCCGAAAUUCUUCCCCAGGUCCAAAAAGCACUCGUCGUGGCAGAAAAGGGGAAAUAUGAGAUCAGACAUGAUUUUCCCAUGCCCACAAUUGGUGACGACGAGAUCAUGAUUCGGGGUCGCUAUGUCGGUUUGAACCCAAUCGACUGGAAAUCGGUCGACUUCAAUUUCUGCCUCCCGCAAUUCCCAUGGGUGACUGGUAGAGAGAUGUCUGGUGUGGUAGCUCAAGUCGGCAAAACUGUCUCUGGGUUCCAACAAGGAGAAAGAGUUUGGACAAGUACAUACUAUAGGGAUGUCCGCGCCGGCUGUUUCCAAGAAUACGUUGUUGUACCAUCACAUACCGUGCUUCCCAUUCCAAGCACCGUUCCGUUCGAGGCCGCCGCCUGUCUCGGCGUGGCUGCCCUCACCGCAGGCAUGUCGCUCUGGAAAUGGUUGGAUAUUCCCACACCCUCUACCAGAACGGAGCCAACCGAAGACCAAUGGUUAUUAAUCUGGGGAGGGUCGACAGUGACUGGGCAAUUUGCAACCCAGUUUGCCGUCCAUAGUGGUGUCAAGGUCAUUACAGUAAAUUCUGGAGAGACCAAAACCCUUUCGGAAAGCCUCGGAGCGACGCACGUCGUCGUUCGUGAUGGAAAGUCGGAAGAGGAUUUGGUCGAGGAGAUUCGGAGUGUUACUAGCGGUAACAUUACCCGAGCAAUUGAUCUCGUCGGGACCAAGACCGCUGCAUUGUGCUUGAAGGCCGUUUCGACAGAGCAGCCAGUCCAAUUUGCACCGCUUGCGAUGAUGUCGGGCUCGCAGCAAGUGCCAGAAAAUGUCGUCGUGCACACGGUCGAAAUGAAGCAAUUCGUUCUCGACAAGACGAAUGUUUGCUACACGGAGGAGCUCGGAAAGCUGCUUGAGAGCGGGAAGAUUGUUCUGCCUUCACUACAUCUCAUCGAGGGCGGCUUGGAAGUUGUCGAAGAGAGUCUUGACAUGUUGAAAAAGGGCAAUAUGAAGGGCAAGAAAAUGGUGGUUUGCUUGUAA